AAACCGACCAGAAAGAUAAACAAAAAAAGCAGGGAAACGCUGGGAAACGCCUUCUAUUGCAACCCAAACCGGCGAGGUACCUGUGAGAGAGAAAAAAAAAAAGCUAUUAGGAGCUUCAUCGUCCGCAGUCCAGAAAAGCAUGGCUGCGACGCGACACUCGCUCCAAUGCGAGCUGUUCCGUCCGAACGAUGAACGGCUCGUCGACUUCGUGAACGUGGUGAAGGCGACCAAGAAAAAAAAGAUGAGUCUCCUGUGCGCCGUGGUGAGCACCGACAAACCGGUGCGCGUCACCAUCUGCCAGGUGAAGAGCAGCGACCGCGACCUGUACAAGAAGAAGAACAGCUGGUCGCUCAGAGACCUCAGGUUAGUGGACGCCCGCAAAGAAGACACCGCCGAGUUCGACCUCCACUUCGACAAAGUUUACAAAUGGCAGGCGGUGAGCGUCCAAGAACGGAACGACUUCCUGCGCUGCCUGUACAGACUCUGCGCACACUACGCGCCCCACCAGCAGCGACCGCGGUUCGAGCACGUCCCCAAGAGCGUCCUCGAAGAAGAUGACGCCGCCUCGAGGGUCGUCGUGCCGGACAAGGCGACCGGCGGCGAUGACGUCGACGACUAUCAAGCACUGACGGCGCGGGAAGAGAGCGACCUGGAAAGCCUGAUGGCUAAGUACGAGUUCGCCAUCAACAACGCCGAGGCCUUCACCGAGCAGCUCGCGCGAGAACUGGCCACCCUAGAUGCCUCGAACGUCUACACCAUCAUGGAGUCGGAGCGGCGGGUUCAGGGACUGAUGGAAAUGACGCAGGCGUCGCUCGACCAAGUCAGCAAGCUGGAGCGCCGCUUAGACGCGUACGACCACCUGCUCCGGACUGUGAGGGACAGCGUUCUCCGGAUGGAGGAAAAAGACGCGGUGAUCCACGUCCAGAACGAAAACAAUGCGCGACUAUUGGCUGAGCUGGAGGGGCUCGUCAGCCAAUUGGACCUCGCACAUGGCCACCAGAUGGCACUGCUGAAUGGGGACCUGCGAACGCAAGACGGCAUCCGCGCCUGCACGGCCGCCGCACGCGCUUUGGAGGAUGCCUGCUCAGCAAACACGCACCCCGGGCUUUCCAAGAUGGCUGCUGUCCAGGAGCAGACGAAGCUCCUUGAGAAGCUGAGGGACAAGUUCAGCACGAGUUUGUCACAUACGCUCAAUAAGCUCUUCCUCCGUCUUGCCUCUGAGACGGCCCCUCCGGCUGAACUAACCUUGGUCAAGCAUUCCGGCUGUCAUAACGAAUUGAGGCCAUACUCGGACCUCAUGCGUUGGCUUUCAAGGGCCGACGCAUCGCGGUUUCAGUCUCUCCAGCAGCUUUACAUCUCCACCAUGGGAAAGUUGUACGAACGGGAGUUGAGGACCUUCUUUGAGCAGGCACGAGACCGGUUGUCUUCCAAGACUGCUACAUUGGAUCGCCGUGGCACCUGGAGUUCCCCUAGCAGUGGUUCUAACCAGGACCUCUCGGCAAUAGAGGCCGCCGAGAACCGGGAUCGCUUCGACUCUGUCCUCGAGCGCAUCUUGAGCAUGCUGGAGCCCGUCUGCUUGGCCGAGCAACAGUUCUGUGCUGCUUUCUUUGGCCUGGCGUCGCCACGUAUUCAUCCGUCUGCAAGCGGGCAGACAGCGUCAGCACUGAUGGCUGCUGGUCCCGCCCGUGCCUCUUCGGACGAGACUUUGGCUUCGGUGCAUCGCAAGGAGCGUCAGCUCAAUGAGGAACUGCGGAAGAUGAUGGCACUUUUGUUUCCUGCUCUGGAGUCCGAGUUGCAGAGUUUUCUGGAGACUUACGACCGAAUGGACGGUGCAUACUCGAUGCAUCUUCUGGUGCGUCUCAACCAGCACGUGAUGUCUGCCCAGGACACGGGAUCCUUCCUUAGCAUGGCAUUUGGAACUGUGGUGGUGCAGGCCAAACGGAACUUCGACCGAUUUAUGGCUGACAAGGUGAGAUCAAUAGAGGAGGCCAAGGCUCCCAAGAAGUCCAAGUGCGGCAUCCUGCCGUUCAUCAGCCAGUUUGAGGAGUUUGCCCAGCAGGCAGAGGCAGUCUUCCGGGGCUCCGAUCGCAGGGCGGACCUUGACAAGUGGUACACACGUCUGGUGCGCGCCAUGUUCGAGGCCAUUGGGCGCCUUGCUUCCGACCACCAGCGCACACCUCCCGAGGUGGUGCGCAUGGAGAACUUCCACCACCUGUUCACGCUGCUGUACCAGCUGAAGAUUGCCUGCCUCGAGCCAGAGCGAAAGGAGGCCAAGCAGCGCUACUCGGAAGCGCUCCAGGCGUACGUGACCCACUACUUUGGUCGCCCGCUCGACAAGCUGAACCUCUUCUUCGAGGGCGUACAAGGAAAGGUGGCCCAGGGCGUGAAGGAGGAGGAGGUGGGCUACCAGCUGGCCUUCAGCAAGCAGGAGCUGCGCAAGGUCAUCCGGGAGUACCCAGGCAAGGAGGUAAAGCGGGGACUGGAGGCGCUCUACCGCAAGGUGGAGAAGCACCUGUGCGAGGAGGAGAGCCUACUGCAGGUGGUGUGGCAUUCGAUGCAGGACGAGUUCAUCCGCCAGUACAAGUCACUCGAGGCGCUAGUCCAGCGGUGCUACCCGGGGUCCAUGAUCACCCUGGAGUUCACCAUCAACGACAUCCUCGCCUUUUUCUCGGACAUCGCACGCUCACACUAGCAUACUUCGAUUGAACACCGGUGUUGUAGACAGACCUACGCGAUCAAGUAGUGGACUGCUGCAGACAUUCUUGGGUAAAGUUGUGCAUAUUCUUUUUCGGCUCAAACAAAUUCUGGCAAAUGACGUGAACCAUAAGGUCCAAUUAUGCACCAAACGUCUGCUUUCUGUCCUUGCAACUGGACUAUGCUCCCGACGUUUAAACGGUUCGGAUGACUCUCGACAUUUGCCUCAGUCCACUUUAAGGUAAAAAAGAUGUAUAUACUUGCGGCGGGACAAUACCACCGAGAAGACAAGGCCUGUGCAUGACGCCGUCGCUAGUGAAUCCCCAACCCACCUGGAGUGGCAAACACGCUAGAGCUCGACGACAGAUGCCACAAAGGGGCAGACGAGUUCGUCCUGACGUCGCUGCAUGCUAGCAUUGUGCUGGUUGCGAGAAAGUCGGGAGGCAUUGCAUGAAUCCACUAGUGAUGGGGGGGGGGGGAAAGACCUUGUCUUCUAGGUGGUAAGGAGCGAGAGUGGCUUUUGGACCAUAUAUGGAUAGGCCAGUUUACACAAAGUGCCUUAAAGAACAAGCUAUAACUAGUGUUGAGUUUAUGUUUGGGAGGCCGACAGAGAUUCUAGUUUCUCCGUGCAGACUUCCUCCGAUACGUCCAACAAACUUUUGCGCCGAGGGAAGGCGCAUGCAGGGUGGUGUCGAUAUAAUGUGAUAACAGCAGGCUCGUUCGAUUUUCCCGUGCCAGCCUGCACCGUUGCAGGAAAGUGCAGGAUAGUGUACUUCCGGUAGGUUUUUAAGAUUGGCUGCGCUUGCAAGUCAGAUCUGGUGGCACGCGCGAAGGAGUUGCGGGGAAAUCGAUCGAGCCGCUUUCGUUUAUGCGCAUGGUGGCUUACGUUCUAGCUUUUGUUUGUUUGCUUUUUUUUUAGUAUGCAAAUAUUUUGCUUGUGAAACAGGAUAGAGCAGAGUUAUAAUCAGCUCAUCAGUUGGUCCCCAUAGAUGUGACAGAAGUGUACAAUGCUACCCGGUAAACAUCAUACCGUUUUACUUACCUAACGAAGAUAAUGACGUUAAUAAUCCCCGGAGAAGGGGAUUAUUAUUGUCAUUCUUUUCCAGCUCGCUUGCACCUUUGCAAUAAUUGCAUUAUCACCUUACUUACCUAGCUUCUUUGAUGAUUGCAGUGCUCGUUUUGUUGCAUUUUUAUCUAUAUUAUUUGUCGAGAGGAAGAGCCUGUGACGUGGACAUUUAUAGGAUGUUCGGAAUGAAGCAUUAUUAAUAAGAGUUUGUUUAUUUAAGGUUGUAAAUAAAGGUUCCCACUGA